AUGGGUCAGGAGCACAAGUCUUAUGAGGGGCAGCUGAGGAAACUGAAACUGUUUAAUUUGGAGAAGAGGAGGCUCAAGGAAGACUCUACUGUUCUCUACAACUCCUCAAAAGGAGGCUAUGGUGAGAGAGGAGGGUGGACCUAUUUUCCCAGUGAUAUGAUGAAAGCCCUCUCUCUUUUUUUAGUUUCUGCAUUUACCAAGAAGCCGAAGACAACAGAGGUGACAGCCGGAAGCAACGCUGUGUUUGAAGCAGAGACAGAGAAAACUGGCAUCAAGGUGAAAUGGCAGCGAGCUGGCACAGAAAUUACUGACAGUGAGAAAUACACUAUCAAGGCAGAAGGAAACAAGCAUUCACUGACAGUCAAUAACGUAGGAAAAGACGACGAUGUGACAUACGCUGUAAUAGCUGGAACUUCCAAGGUCAAAUUUGAACUGAAGGUCAAAGAACCAGAAAAGAGCGAGCCAGUUGCUCCUGCUGAAGCUUCUCCUGCCCCAGCUGCCUCAGAGUUGCCUGCUCCACCGGUAGAAAGCAACCAAAACCCAGAAGUUCCACCCGCUGAGGCUCAACCAGAAGAGCCUGUAGACCCUAUCGGGCUCUUUGUGACACGACCUCAGGAUGGAGAAGUUACUGUUGGUGGAAACAUCAUGUUCACUGCCAAAGUUGCAGGUGAGAGCCUGCUAAAGAAACCAUCAGUGAAAUGGUUCAAAGGAAAGUGGAUGGACCUGGCAAGCAAAGUGGGGAAACAUCUCCAGCUGCGUGACAACUAUGACAGAAACAACAAGGUGUACAUAUUUGAAAUGGAAGUCAUAGAAGCGAAUAUGACUUUUGCAGGAGGGUACAGAUGUGAGGUGUCUACCAAGGACAAGUUUGAUAGUUCUAAUUUCAACCUGAUAGUCAAUGAGGCACCAAUAAGUGGAGAAAUGGAUAUUCGUGCUGCCUUCCGACGCACGAGCCUGGCAGGAGGGGGCAGACGGAUGACUUCAGCCUUUCUCAGUACUGAGGGAUCUGAAGAAUCUGGAGAGUUGAAUUUCAGUGCCCUACUCAAAAAGAGAGACAGUUUCUUGCGCAGUGCAAAUCGAGGUGACGGAAAAAGUGAUUCACAACCUGAUGUUGAUGUCUGGGAAAUCCUGAGGAAAGCUCCUCCUUCUGAAUAUGAGAAAAUUGCUUUUCAGUACGGUAUCACAGAUUUGCGUGGGAUGCUGAAACGCCUCAAACGCAUUAAGAAGGAAGAGAAAAAAAGUACAGCAUUCCUCAAGAAACUGGAUCCUGCUUAUCAAGUGGACAAAGGGCAAAAGAUUAAAUUAAUGGUUGAAGUUGCCAAUCCAGACGCUGAUGUGAAAUGGCUGAAGAACGGACAGGAGAUCCAAGUGAGCGGCAGCAAAUACAUUUUUGAGGCCAUUGGGAAUAAGAGAAUAUUGACCAUAAACCAUUGCUCUCUGGCUGACGAUGCAGCCUAUGAAUGUGUGGUAGCUGAGGAGAAGAGCUUCACAGAAUUAUUUGUAAAAGAGCCCCCAAUUCUGAUCACUCACCCCCUGGAGGAUCAAAUGGUGAUGGUUGGAGAAAGAGUGGAGUUUGAGUGUGAAGUGUCUGAGGAAGGAGCUACUGUGAAAUGGGAAAAGGAUGGUGUUGAGCUGACACGGGAAGAAACAUUCAAAUACAGAUUUAAGAAAGAUGGAAAAAAGCAGUAUCUAAUUAUUAACGAGUCAACCAAGGAGGAUAGCGGACACUACACGGUGAAGACAAACGGUGGGGUAUCAGUUGCUGAACUAAUUGUACAAGAGAAAAAGCUGGAAGUUUAUCAGAGCAUUGCAGAUCUGACAGUGAAGGCACGUGACCAGGCAGUCUUCAAGUGUGAAGUUUCUGAUGAAAACGUGAAAGGAAUCUGGUUGAAAAAUGGAAAGGAGGUGGUGCCAGAUGAAAGGAUAAAGAUCUCCCAUAUUGGCAGGAUCCAUAAGCUAACUAUUGAGGAUGUGACACCAGGUGAUGAGGCUGACUAUUCCUUUAUCCCUCAGGGAUUUGCUUACAACCUUUCUGCCAAGCUCCAGUUUUUGGAGGUCAAGAUUGAUUUUGUACCAAGAGAAGAACCUCCCAAAAUCCAUCUGGACUGUCUGGGUCAAUCCCCUGACACUAUUGUUGUGGUGGCAGGGAACAAACUGAGAUUGGAUGUUCCCAUAUCAGGAGAUCCAACGCCUACUGUCAUCUGGCAGAAAGUGAACAAGAAAGGUGAACUUCUUCAAAGCAAUGAAGAUUCUAUGACUCCCUCAGAAAACAGCAGUGAUUUAAGUACUGAUAGUAAGCUUCUAUUUGAAUCUGAAGGCAGAGUUCGUGUGGAGAAGCAUGAAGACCACUGUGUCUUCAUCAUUGAAGGAGCUGAAAAGGAGGAUGAGGGAGUAUACAGAGUUAUAGUUAAGAAUCCAGUGGGAGAAGAUAAGGCUGAUAUCACAGUCAAAGUUAUCGAUGUUCCUGACCCUCCAGAAGCUCCCAAGAUCAGCAACAUUGGAGAAGAUUACUGCACUGUGCAGUGGCAACCUCCUACAUAUGAUGGUGGGCAACCAGUACUUGGCUAUAUUUUAGAGAGAAAGAAGAAGAAGAGCUAUCGAUGGAUGAGGCUGAAUUUUGACCUUCUCAAAGAGCUAACCUACGAAGCCAAGCGAAUGAUUGAAGGAGUAGUUUAUGAGAUGCGGAUUUAUGCAGUGAAUUCUAUUGGCAUGUCCCGGCCAAGCCCUGCCUCACAACCCUUCAUGCCAAUUGCUCCUCCAAGUGAACCAACACACUUUACAGUGGAGGAUGUCUCUGACACCACUGUUGCCUUGAAAUGGAGACCCCCUGAACGGAUUGGAGCAGGGGGACUAGAUGGCUAUAUAGUGGAAUACUGCAAAGACGGAUCUGCAGAAUGGACUCCAGCUCUUCCUGGCCUAACUGAGCGAACAUCUGCACUGAUUAAAGACCUGGUCACAGGUGACAAACUUUAUUUCCGUGUGAAGGCUAUAAACUUGGCUGGUGAAAGUGGAGCAGCAAUAAUCAAAGAGCCCAUUACUGUUCAAGAGAUCAUGCAGCGUCCCAAGAUCUGGCUGCCGCGCCAUCUCAGACAGACUCUGGUGAAGAAAGUUGGUGAGACAAUCAAUAUAAUGAUACCUUUUCAGGGUAAGCCAAGACCCAAAAUAAGUUGGAUGAAAGAUGGUCAAACUCUAGAUUCGAAAGAUGUGGGAAUUCGGAACAGCAACACGGACACAAUCCUUUUCAUUAGAAAGGCAGAACUUCAUCACUCAGGAGCAUAUGAAGUCACUCUUCAAAUAGAAAAUAUGACAGAUACAGUUGUAAUAACAAUUCAAAUCAUAGAUAAGCCUGGCCCUCCUCAGAAUAUAAAACUGGCUGAUGUUUGGGGAUUUAAUGUUGCCCUGGAGUGGACACCUCCACAAGAUGAUGGCAAUGCACAGAUCUUGGGCUACACAGUCCAGAAAGCUGACAAAAAGACAAUGGAAUGGUACACUGUUUAUGACCACUACCGUCGUACAAACUGUGUAGUGUCAGACCUGAUAAUGGGCAAUGAGUACUUCUUUCGAGUCUUCAGUGAAAAUUUGUGUGGAUUGAGUGAAACUGCUGCAACUACCAAAAAUCCUGCCUACAUCCAAAAAACAGGCACCACUUACAAGCCACCUAGUUACAAAGAACACGACUUCUCUGAACCUCCUAAAUUCACUCACCCUUUAGUAAACCGGUCUGUGAUUGCAGGAUACAACGCUACACUCAGCUGUGCAGUGAGAGGAAUCCCUAAGCCAAAGAUAUUCUGGUACAAAAACAAAGUGGAUCUCUCUGGGGAUGCUAAAUACCGCAUGUUCAGUAAACAAGGUGUGCUGACCUUGGAGAUUCGAAAACCCACUCCAUUUGAUGGGGGCUUUUACACCUGUAAAGCUGUUAACGAGUGUGGUGAAGCUGAAAUAGAGUGCAGACUGGAUGUCAGAGGUAAUCAGAUUGAUAUUAUGGAUAUAUUAUGGAUAACAUUAACUUUGCAGGGAAAAACCAACAAUAAUGGUAUUUAAAAAAAACAAACAAAAAACCACCAAACACUAUUGUAACACUGUAAUGGGUUGGAAACUGCAGCAACAGCAUAGUAGCAAAGUCCUAGAUUGCAGCAAGUGAGGAUAUACUCAAAAAAGGCAGUCCUGGACACAGAAACAAAGGAAAGAAUCUGCCUACCUUCAAAAGGCCUCACGGACAUGGGGAGCUCCAGCAAGAUACCCUCACCUCUACUGCCAACCCUUAAAUGAGGUCUGGGAAGGGGUGGAUCUUAGCUCCAGCCUUACUGGUCACCCAGGUGCACUGAAUGCAGCUGAGCUCCCCAGGGUUGGCCCUGCCUACCACCAGGUGUUCAAUCACUGGUUCGAGCCAUGACUCAGCAUGUCCACAACAGUUGGCUAACAUUAUCUAAAUUAAUCUACAUUUGUUGAUUACACACAAAAGCAAGAUGGUGUUUUUCAGGCUAAACUGUUACAAAAUAAUUAAAUUACUUGCUAGGCAACACAGGGCCACACAUUUCUGAGCUGUUGUUUCUAAAGGAGAUAGCACAAGAGCCUAUCAACAAACACUUCAUUGUGUGUAAUUGUUCUAAACCGGUGAGUUGUACUCUGCAAUAGAAGUUUGAACUCCAAAGUUAUGAGCUGCUAGAUAUACGUAAGAGGUAACACAUGCUAUGUUGCAAACCAUUUCCAGGUGGACACUGAUAAUUUGUUAAGCACCACAGUAAGGAAUAUCAAGUAAAUAUUUUCAGCAAAGCCACCACUAACAUAUCUAUUUGACAAUAUGCUCAUCUGAGUCCUGAAAGUCAGCAACGCAGCUCUGCUGAACUCGAUCUAAGAGCUCUGAGAAGCCUAGCUGAUGUGUGUGGCACCUUAUUAAGACACAUAUGCUAUGUUCAGUUCAACAGUUGCUCAUGUACUUCUGUUCAGUGCCAUCCUGCACACUGUAGAAAUGGCUCAGAACUUCUUCUCAUCGUCCUUCCGCAUCUGCUUUAAAAACAUUAUUAUCACCUUAAGACUAUCACAGAUAAAAACAACCAUGACAGAGAUUCCAUAUUUAUGCUUCAGCAAUAGGUCCCGAUUUAGAAUUAGCUUCCUAAUAAUUUCUUACUUUUUUUUUUUUUUUUCCAGUACCUCAGUAAGACUCUGAAUCCCAAUUCAUUCACACAGCAAGGUAUGAAUCAAAAUAAUUCAGCCAGAUAAAGGAACAACAGGUGCUUGGUUAUAUAUAAGAAUAAACAUUGUUUGGUUUUGUUAGGCCUAAUGGAAUUUUGAUAAUCUGGAGGUACAUGCACGUUCUGAUUUCCAUUUGUAAUUAUCAUGUGAUCGCAUUCUUACAAGACAGUUUGUUUGGGUUUUUUUUGUCAAUAUUUCACAGGUCCCAACCUUCACUACGCUGUGCACAGUGUAGAAACCCAUAAAACUAAUGGAGUACUUUAUUUUCUUUCCUUAACUCACUACAAGUACCUCCUCUAUGAGACCAUAUGCUAUUUAUUAACAUGAAGAAAACUGUCAUCAAUAAUAUGUAUGCAUUACUUUAACCAAAUGUGGUUAAAAUUACUCUGCAUCUAGAAAUGUAACGUGCAUUGUAGACAUUUCAAACAUGAAAUUGAUGUAUUUGACACUAAAUCCUUCUCCCUGUUUUCUGUCUCAGCCCUGGAAUGGAAUUUGAAGAGAUGAAAAAUGAAGAAAUUAAUGAAUGAUAACUUCACUUACACUUAAGAGUUCUGCACAUGUUAAAAGUCAUUUAAUGUGUAGGUUGCUCCAAAAGUAAUGCCUCCUAUUAAUUUUAAUGGAAACUACAACAGAUACAAGAGCACAAUAAUACU